UCCACGCCAACACUCACACUCACAACUAGGGACAAUUUAGAGUGCUCCAUUAACCUGUCAUGCAUGUUUUUUGAAUGUGGGAGGAAACCGGAGUACGCGGAGAAAACCCACGCAGGCACGAGGUGAACAUGUAAACUCCACACAGGGAGGCCGGAGCCAGUAUCGAACCAUGGACCUCUGCACUGUGAGGCCAACGUGUUAACUAGUCUCCCUCCGGGCCGCCUUACAGAAAUAUCACAUAUUAACUGCUUAGCAGUUUCAUCUAGAGAUUAUUUGGAAUUGUUUGUAAUUUAAAUAUUUAACAAUUUGAAUUAUGGCACCAUCAAAUACUGUUUAGCAGUCUGACAGAGAUAUUUUUAAUAAUAAUUAAGUUUAAGACCUGAUGCAUCAGGCAGUUCCCAAAUAGUUUGUAGUACAGCCUUAAUUCUAGGUUGUUUUGUAUUUAUAGUCUCAUGUUUCCUUUUUCCUACUCCGUGGUCAGUUAUUGGUCCGCUGUGAUAGCCCCGCCCACACCUGGCACUUCCCCGUACCGGCCUCUCUCACUCUGGUCUCUUUUACUAGUUUAGUCUCUUUCUCAUUUGCUACCUGCUGUAGUUUGCAGUCAAGAUGUACGUUCGAUGUAUUUUAGAGUUUGUCACUUCUCGGAGCAAUGCGCAUCCCCUUUUUGGCUAAAGGUGCGCGCGCCCAUGCAAAAAUGGGAACCCCGGGAAAAUGGCAGUUGACUAUGGACCAAGUACAGGAAUGGGAGGACGAAGAGGAGAACGGGGCUGUGUUUGGCAUCACGCUGCGACGAGAGCCCGUCAUGGCAAGCCCAAACAUGGCCAUGCUGGCUGACCAUAUGGCCUGCAAUUAUGUCCAGUACCACACCGUGAAGCUGCGCAGACUCAAAGCAGGCACCCUGGAGCACUUGGUCACCCACCUUCUGGAUCCCGAAAGUCAGGAGCCUGACUACGUCCAUGUUUUCCUCUCCACUUACAGAGCCUUCACCUCUACCGAUAUUCUCAUUGAGCUGCUUUUUCAUAGAGAUGACACAAAUGCCACAUGCUCGCAUAGUGCUUUGCAUCCGGUAAUCAAGCUGUGGUUGGGAGAAUACGGCGCAGAUUUCCGUGAGCCCUCUCAAUACCAGUCUCUCCGACUCUUAUGUGCCAACUUGCGCCGGCGCCUCUGCUUUCGACGCUUGGCUCAGACCGCAGAGAGUCUGCUCAAAUCGCUCAAGGAACAAGAUCACAGCCAGUUUGUGCCAGUGGAUGAAGCGCUGCUCUGCAAAGAGAAAGGCAGAGACAUCUUUUUGAACUUCCAUGUCACUGACGUAGCGGAACAGCUCACCAGAUUGGACAGGGAACUCUUUGUCCAAGUGUUACCGUUCCACUGCCUGGGCUGCGUGUGGUCACAACGCGACAAGAAGGAAAACCGCAAUCUGGCCCCCAGCGUCCGCGCCACCAUUUCCCAGUUCAACGCAGUCACCAACCUUGUUAUCACUUCGCUGCUUUGCCCUUCUUCUCCGAGCCCCUCCACUUCAUCUCCCAUUUCAUCACCCAGCUCCUCCUUGAGCUUCCUCUACCCUUUGGUUGCCUCAGGGCUACCUCAUUCGUCUCACACCAGUCCUUCCUGCAGAGCGCGCAUCCUUGAGUGGUGGAUCAAUGUGGCACAGGCGUGCAGGCAGCUGAAGAAUUUUUCUUCCUUACGGGCCAUCCUGUCCGCCUUACAGUCCAAUGCUUUGUAUCGCCUCAAGAAGACUUGGGUGGCUGUCAGCAAGGAAUGCAUGGCUAACUUUAAGCAUCUGUGUGAGACAUUUCCCGAUGAGAAUUGUAUGCUGGCCAACCAAGAGAUCCUAACAGAGGGUGCGAGUCAGCAACAGGUCAACGCCAGUUCUCAGCUGCCCCUGCUCUGUUCCAAACAGAGGAAGUAUAAAGAUGGAAUUGUACCUUACCUGGGCUCCUACCUGACUGCCCUCACGAUGUUGGACACGGCUCUCCCUGACUCUGUGGAGGGUGGACUGAUCAACUUUGAGAAGCGCAGGCGGGAGUUUGAGAUUCUUUCUGAGAUUCGUCUACUGCAGGCUUCCUGUUCUCACUACCAGCUCCCGGUGAACCCUCGCAUAACCAACUGGCUGCAGGCGCGCACGCUGCUCCUCACUGAUCAGGAGAGUUAUGAACUGUCUCGGGAGCUGGAACCACCCGUUGAUCCGUGUCCCCACUUCUCCCAAUUUAUGACAAAGAAGCUCCCUUCGUCACGAGCAACCAGUGACGGUUCCCUGGGGAAGACUCACGUUGACCAGAUGAGUGUGUCGUCUUCGAGCUCCAGCGGCUCGGACGUGGACGACCUCUGUGUCCCUCAUUCGUCGCCACUCAGACUCAAACUCAAGUCCCUCUCCAGCUCAAUGCACAACAUCACUGAGGACUACGCCUGCGUGUCGUCCUCCUCCUCGCCCAUCCUCUCCAGCUCCUCCUGUAGCUCUUCCAAUCCCGAUCUGAGCAGCAGCUCUUUGGGGCUGAGGCCAGACUCCUCAUCAUCCUCAUCCUCCUCCAGCAUCUCUACGCAGUCCGUGCUGCCUGUCUACAACAAACAGCUCGCCGACUCGUGUAUCAUAAGAGUCAGCAUGGAGUGUGUCAACACCGGCAAUAUCUACAAAAGCAUUCUGCUGACCAGUCAGGAUCACACACCUCAGGUCAUUCAGAGGGCUCUGGACAAACACAACCUGGAGGAAACGUUCAGCUGUCAGGACUUUAGCCUCUGCCAGAUGCUCAACAAUGGAAAUGAGCUGCACAUCCCCGACAACGCCAACGUGUAUUACGCCAUGUGCACCUCCUCCAACUAUGACUUUGUCCUGCACCAACGCUGGAGGAGCCACGGGAGACAUGCGGGCUCCUCCUCCAGUCCCGGAGCGCCUCGUGUCCGCCACGCGAAGUAGCUAACGGCUGUCAUUCAAACUAAAUCUGCCAAGGAGAGCCCAAAACUCACAGUCACUUUGUUUGGCUUCACGCGCGAGCCACCCUGAUGCCUGCAAGCUUUGCCCAGAUGUCUUCUGUCAGCGCCUCGGCUGCAUUUGAAACAUUUGGACAUCACACCUGCUCCUCCCCGGCAUGCUCCAGCCUCUCAGAAGGCAUGUUUGGAGCUUUUGCACAAGUAGAAGAUGUGUGAAUGGGACGCAGCAAAUGGACGCUCGCUGCAACCUGCGCUGCGAUUGGAAGUCGUGCACAUUGUAUUAGACAAACCAUCCUGACCAUCGACAUCUGCUUUGAGUAUUUGUCUUUUUUUAAAGGUUUUCAUAGAACUUCAAAUCGACGUAAGAGUUGAAAUGAUAUCAGUAUUCUGCUUUGUAGCGAAUUGUUUUAUUUAAAUGUGUUUGUGAGCCCCCUUUCAGUUCAUUUUGAAACAGGAGCCGAAAUGUAGUACAAAAAUGAAGGAUGAAAGCUAGCGCAUGGCGUUUCCGAGGGAAGGUGAUGAUGUGAUUUUGCAAUGUUGCUCUUAACGGGGUUGGGGCGGUAAUGUAUGGGAGACUGAUGGUUGAAUGGGGGUGAUGUCACCAAUACAAGAUGGCAUCCCAAACUGCCAUCGGUGACGCUGUCAACGUGGUUGGCGUGAAGGAUGGUUUCCGUACGUGAAGGAUGAAGCGGCCCAGUAAGUGAAAGGACAUGCCAGUGAUAUUCAAUCCUUGCUGCUUUUAAAACUGUUCGCUGUGAUUGCUAACCUUUUGUUUGCAAUGAGUUUUGAAACGGUGGCGAGUCCCACGCAGAGUUUUGUGGAGGAUUUUGCAUCAAUGCCAGAAGUCAGAAUGCCCCCCCCCCCUCCCCAGUAGUUUUGCUCUGUUUGCGCACGACUAUUUUCAACUUCCUUUUUACCUUUUCCCAAGCUCUUAGUAAUUUGAAAUACUGUCUAAUAAAGAUAUUUUAUUAUUUAUUGCA